AUGAGUGCUAGCGAAACCGUUUCAAGCGGCCCCUUCAAAUUCAUCUCGCAAGGCGCCAUUGUGCAGGAGUGGCUGGUCGGCGGGAAGAACAUUGUCCUCGGAUUCCAGGACCCCGCGGAGUAUGCCAAAAGCAAUCCCGCAUACUUCGGGGCAACCAUUGGCAGAGUUGCGAAUCGCCUGGCGAACGGGCAAAUCAAGGAUAUUCCUCAUGAAGGCGAUGUGCAUCCUCUCCCUGUCAAUAACGGCACGAACACCCUCCACGGUGGAAUUACUGGGUGGGACAAAAAAUACUGGACUGGGCCUGUCAAGGAGGCUUCUUUAGAUGGGUCCGAGUCUCUGGUCUAUUCUUACAAAAGCCCACAUCUCGAUGAAAAGUUUCCAGGGACAUUGGAUGUGACGGUUCGGUACACCGUUAGAAAUGAAGCAAAAGACGGGGCAGAUGUUUCUAUCUUGGAAAUUGAAUACGAAGCAGAGAUCGCGGCGGAUAGUCCUAAAGACUGGGCUGUUCUUUCGUUGACAAACCAUAGUUACUUCAAUAUUGGCGACAAGAGUACAAUCGAGGGCACCCAGGUGACAAUUCCGGACAACACUAAUAUUGAAACCGACGAAGUCGACAUUCCCACUGGGAGGUUUAAAAAGUUUCCGGGCAUAGAGUCCGGGGUACCAUUCGAACUUGGGGCUGAGGAUCCAGAUAUCGACCAUGGCUUCGCAUUGACUACUGAUGUGGCGAGUGUCCCAAUCGAUACGCGGGGCUCCGUGGAAAAAACUUGUAUUAAGUUAUAUCACCCAUCUACCGGCGUUAACUUGGUCGUAUCAAGUACCGAGCCAGCCUUCCAAUUUUACACCGGGAAAUAUAUUGAAACCGAAGCGAGGGAUGACGGCACCCCCGCAUACGGCAAGCGAGCGGGGUUUUGUGUUGAACCAGCGAGGUACACCAAUGCUGCCAACGUCCCGGAAUGGAAGCACAUGGUAUUAUUGAAGAAAGGAGAGGUAUACGGCAGUCGAACUACCUGGAAGGCCUGGAAGAGCUCGAGUUUCUAA